AUGGAUAAACUAAUAAGGCCUGUUUUUACACUAGAAUUAAAUUAUAAAAUUGUGCCUAAUCUAGUAACCAUCGGCAAAUAUGAUGGUACCCAUCCAUGUGUUACUGCUGCAACCACUGCAGACAAAGUGUUAAUUCACAGUCCCCACAGAAGAAACGCUGUUGUCACAGGUCGAAUAGUAUGGUCUGAAUCCAAUAAAGAAAUAGCAACACUAAACGUUAACGAAACGAUUUCUUCUCUUUGCACAGGACAAUUUUUACCAGACGAUGAGAAAGAUGUACUAAUAAUCGGUACCGAAACAAACGUUCUGGCGUACCACGUGCACGACAACAAAGACGUGUUCUUCAAAGAAUGUCCGGAUGGCGUCAAGUCUUUGGCGUUGGGUUCGUUUCGGGACCACAAGACGCAAAUUUUAAUGGUCGGAGGCAAUUCUUCGGUGCACGGUUACAAUCAUAAGGGUGAGGAAGUGUUUUGGACCGCUGUAGGUGAUGUGGUUACUUCUAUCAUUCUCAUGGACUACAACAAAGAUGGUAUGAAUGAGUUGAUAGUCAGUUCUGAAGAUUUCAACAUUCGAGUGUUCAAAGGAGAUCAAGUACUAGCGGAACUCGUUGAGACUGAAGUGGUAACCAAUUUGGUGGCUUUACCAGACAAUAGGUUUGCCUAUUCUGUAUCCAAUGGUACUGUAGGUGUUUAUGAGCAAGAGCUGCGACUCUGGAGAGUAAAAUCAAAAAACUUUGCAAUUUCCCUACGUUGUUAUGACUUACUGGGCCAGUCUAGCUUGCAAUUAAUCACAGGCUGGUCCAACGGCAAAAUAGAUUGCAGGUCCGUCAAAACUGGGGAGGUGUUCUUCAAAGACGUCAUGAAUUCUGGUCUGGCUGGUAUUGUUGAAGGUGACUACAGAUCCAAUGGCAAAACUGAUCUAAUUUGUAUAUCAAUGGAGGGAGAAGUUAAGGGAUAUUCAACAACUAAGACCUUGCCCACCAUUCCUGGAGUAGGCAACGAGCAAGACACUGUCAGAAUGUUAUUGGCUCAAAAGCAAGCUCUGAUAACAGAAUUGAAGCACUACGAAAACAACACCAAGUACAACGAAACAGCAAUGAGCCAGACGGAGAGUUUUGAGAGUCAUGGAGUCAUACCCGCCAACACCAGACUACAAAUCGCCAUUAACACUAACGAAGGAAAGAAAAAUGUGAAGCCACACGUGGAAAUUUACGUGGCAACCAACAAUACAACCAUUAUAAGAGCCAUUAUGAUAUUUGCUGAGGGCAUUUUUAAAGGGGAGACGCACGUAGUGCACCCUUCAACUGCUCAACUCAAAUCUGAGCUGUCCGUGCCCUUGUUUCUUCUAAAAGACACUCCAGUCGACAUCCACAUAAAAGCAUUGGUCGGCUACCCAAACAGCAUCCAAUUCCACGUGUUCGAGGUAACGCGUCAGCUGCCACGCUUCUCCAUGUACUCCUUACAAAGGCACAAUUUCCAAACCAAGCCCAAGGAGUACGUGGAAUUUAAAGUCAACGAACGAAUCCAAAGGAUAUGCAUGUGGAUCAAUCAAAACUUCCUCUUCUCCUCCGAUUUGGAGUUCGAAUCCGGCCCCAGUUUGGUCAUAAACCUGAAGAACUUAAGGAACGACCAAGAGAUCGUGCUGGUGUUUGAAAUUUCCGGCAAGGUUGUUUUUUAUGCCGACAAUAUGACGCUGGCGUCCGAUUUGGUGCAAUCUCUGGCCGCGUUUCUGAAUUUGGAUAACUUGGAGUCGACUGCCAACUAUCCCAGCGAAGAAGAGAACUUGAGGAAUUUGAUGGAGAAGUUGCAGGAGAUCCAGGAUGCCCGCUUAAGACUGGGCACCGACAUAGCAGACCGGUUAGGUCAAAUUAGGACUUUAGUAAUACGUGCCGAAGAUGCAAGACUCAACGAUAUUAAGGAGAUGCCUAAAUAUUACACUGAACUGAUGGGACUGAAUAAGGAAAUUAUAAAUGGACACAACAUAAGAUUGCAGAAUUAUAAUGACGGAGUAGAUAGUAUGAAAAAAAUUAAUGCUAUUAUACAAAGAGCAUCUAGAUUAAGAGUUGGACAAACAGCCGCCAACAUGAUAAAUCAUUGCAGAACGGCAAUAAAGAAUAACAAUGUGGAUGGAUUGAUAAAAAUAAUAAGAACUGGUGAAAUAUGAUUUUUAAUAAUAAAAAAAAUGUGUUUAAUUUUA